AUCGGUGACCUCAGCAUCUAUGCUGGUGCUCGCGGUAGGGGACGCGCUGGUGCCAGGGCGAGCAGGAGACAUACCCGCCAAGUUUCGCCGCCUCCUCGUGCCCGAGAAGAUCGAAGGUGUUCUAUGCACAGGAAAUCUCAGCAGCAAGGAGAUGCAGGAGUACUUCCGCUCCCUCUCAAGUGAUCUCCAUAUUGUCAAAGGCGACUUCGACGAGGGCAACUACCCGGAGACUAAGGUCGUGAACAUCCACAACUGGAAGAUCGGGUUGUGCCAUGGUCAUCAAGUUGUUCCUUGGGGUGAUCAGGAGGCCCUUGCGAUGCUGCAGAGACAACUAGAUGUGGAUGUUCUCAUCACCGGACACACGCACAAGUACUCGAUCAAUGUCCACGAGGAAAAGCUGUACAUAAACCCAGGAUCGAUCACCGGAGCAUACAGCGGAAUGACAAGCAAUGUGACCCCUUCCUUCGUCCUACUUGACAUCCAGGAUAGCAAGCUCACCAUCUAUGUGUACGAGCUGCAGGCGUCGAGCGGAGGAGAGGAGAUGGAGCUGAAGGUGCAGGAACUAAAGCAUAGCAAGUGAAUCAUUGAAACGAUGAGAAACUUUU